UGGCCCCAAAAUGACAGUAAUCUCUGCAAUCAGUUGUGCUUUCUUAUUUUCCAUUCUCUGUGAAACAAGUGCAAUAGCAUUACCCAACUCCACAGACCUACUCCUGUCAAACAGUAAUUUCACUGACAUUGAGACGGCUUUGGCAGCUCAUCUGGACUCUGCAAAAAUUCCCAAAACCAGGCGGAAGCGAUACAUUUCACAGAAUGACAUGAUUGCCAUUCUUGAUUAUCAUAAUCAAGUUAGAGGCAAAGUCUUCCCACCUGCUUCUAACAUGGAAUACAUGGUCUGGGAUGAAACUCUUGCCAAGUCUGCAGAAGCUUGGGCUGCUACAUGCAUUUGGGACCAUGGACCUUCCUACUUACUGAGAUUCUUGGGCCAAAACCUGUCUGUAAGAACUGGAAGGUAUAGAUCCAUUCUCCAGCUGGUAAAGCCAUGGUACGAUGAAGUGAAGGAUUAUGCUUUUCCUUAUCCUCAGGACUGCAACCCCAGGUGCCCCAUGCGAUGCUACGGACCCAUGUGCACACAUUACACACAGAUGGUUUGGGCCACUUCCAAUCGUAUAGGCUGCGCAAUCCACACAUGCCACAAUAUGAACGUCUGGGGAUCUGUUUGGCGACAAGCUGUUUACUUGGUAUGCAACUAUGCCCCAAAGGGGAACUGGAUUGGAGAAGCACCAUAUAAAGUAGGAGUCCCAUGUUCUGCCUGCCCUCCAAGUUAUGGAGGCUCUUGUACUGACAAUCUUUGUUUCCCAGGAGUAACAUCAAAUUACUUAUAUUGGUUUAAAUAA